AUGGCUCCAGUCACGGCACCAGAGCUGAUCGUCAAGGAGACGAACGAGAUCGGGACGACGGUCAAGACCUAUCUCUGUCCAAGCAGCAGGCUGCGGUCGAAGCGCCGGCCUGAAAGUGUGGAAAUUAUUUUGCCGCCAAAACUGCCGUCAUCAACCUCCUACCUAACCUCCAUCCUGAACGUAUUCCUACCAGCCGGAUACCCGCACAGCGUCACAGACGAUUACAUUGAGUAUCAAAUCUAUGACUCCCUACAAGCAUUUUCAAGCUCAAUUGCAGGCCUCCUGUCAUCCAGAGCAGUCCUUCAAGGCGUCGGUGUCGGAGAUGCCACCGCGUCUCCCACGGCAGCCCUGCUUCUCAAUGUCCUGCAGGAGAGCAUGGGAAGGAUAGCCACCAUCCUGUUUGCUCAUCGUCUCGGGACAUCACUCGAACCAGAAUGCAAAUUGUACAGGCUGGCCGCCGACAUUCUUAACGAUUCAGCGAUGGUGCUGGACUGUUUGUCCCCCAUCUUCCCUAAGCCUGUUAGGGUAGGUCUUCUCAGUCUUUCCAGUGUGCUGAGGGCAUUGUGCGGUGUUGCAGCUGGUAGCUCCAAGGCCAGCUUGAGCGCUCAUUUUGCAAGAUGGGGGAACCUGGGAGAAUUGAAUGCGAAAGAUUCAAGUCAGGAAACCGUUAUAUCUCUCGCUGGAAUGCUUGUUGGCAGCGUAGUGGUUUCAUACAUCACGUCACCACUAGAAACGUGGAUUGCCUUGAUAAUUUUACUCAUCGUACACCUGGGGACAAACCACGCCGCAGUCAGAGCAGUCAAAAUGACAACUCUGAACCGCCAGCGUGCCAAUAUUGUCUUCUCCUAUCUCUUUGAGGACGACCGAGUCCUCACGCCAGCAGAGGCUUCAGAGGAAGAACGAAUCUUCGAGAGAGAUGGUGUGCUCCGGUGGAAUGCUGAAUCUAGUGGUAUUCUGGGAACCUGUCAAAUUGGAACCUCCCUGGAGCAGCUACUACUACUCCUACCUGAACAGGCUGAUAGAGGAGGCGCCCUAGAGACCGGCCAAACGAGUAGCACAACUAUGAACACCAGUACCAAUCUGACGGCUCUUCUCGAACUAUUCAGGGAAGAGGAGUACAUCCUCUACUUUGACCCCCUGUCCCGCAGAGGGGCCAUCGUUCUAAAGGCCGGAGCUACUGCAAAAGCACAGCUGAAAGCAUGGAGUCAUGCGCUUCUUGUUUCUCGACAUCUGGCUGGGAAAAAUAGCACAGCUACUUGCAGACACGAGAAACAAGACGAUCAGGGUGAGCUGUCACCAUCGGUGUCGGUACUAUCUAUUUUGAGAGACACGCUGCAGGAGCAUACGAGGACGUUUAAGGGCAGGGUCAAGCGCCUCGAACAUGCUGGCUGGAAGACGGACGUCGCCUCCCUGGAGACAAAGCCGGGAAGGAGAGUUCACGUAUCCGUUUGA